AUGGUUAAAGCCAAGACUUGGAUUCUAAAGAAACACUUUGAGGGAUUUCCCAAGGAGAGCAACUUUGAGCUGAAAGUGGUGGACCUGCCGGAACCAAAGAAUGGAGAGGUGCUGGUAGAGGCAUUGUUCCUUAGCCUGGAUCCUUAUCAGAGGGCUCUGAGUAGAACAUUACUGAAAGAAGGAGACGUUCAGUAUGGAGGUCAAGUGGGCAAGGUGAUCCAGAGUAAAAACAAGGCCUUCCCUGUCGGAUGCCAUGUAUUUGUACACAGCGGAUGGAGGACUCGCACCCUGUCUGAUGGAUCAGACCUCACCAAACUCCCAUCCAAUUGGCCAAAGGAUAUUCCCCUCUCUCUGGCUCUGGGAGUUAUUGGCAUGCCGGGGUUGACCGCUCUGUACGGUUUAGAGGAAGUUCUCCAGAUCAAAGCUGGUGAAACGGUCCUGGUCAGUGCAGCGGCCGGAGCGGUUGGAGCAGUGGUUGGUCAGAUCUGUAAAAUCAAAGGCUGUAAGGUGGUUGGGUCAGCUGGGAGUGAUGCUAAGGUGGCCUACCUGAAAGAGCUGGGCUUUGACGUGGCCUUUAACUACAAAACCGUCUCAUCACUGGAGGAGGCUCUCAAGACUGCCUCUCCUGAUGGAUACGACUGCUACUUUGAGAACGUGGCUGGUCCCUUCUACACUCUUGCACUCUCUCAGAUGAAGAAAGAGGGACGUAUUGCUCUUUGUGGAGCUAUAUCUCUCUACAAUGACACCACUCCUCAGACAUGUUCCUACCCACAUAUGACCAUGAUAACUAAUCACCUGAAAAUGGAGGGCUUCACUGUGUGGAAAUGGAAGCACAAAGACGAAGAGUCUCUCCAGAGACUGCUGACUUGGAUGAAAGAGGGAAAACUGAAAGCCAAAGAGUCUGUGACUGUUGGCUUUGAGAAGACGCCUGCUGCUUUCCUUCGUAUGCUAAAGGGUCAGGACAUGGGGAAAGCCAUUGUUAAAGUGUGA